AUGGGGAAUAACCUUUGUAAGUUAAAAAAAACAAAUUUAUUCAUUAUAAAAUUUUUAAGUGAUGUUUAUAAAAAUGCAUAUAAAAAUAUUUGUAGUAACAUAUUUGUCAGCACAUUAGGAAACGGAGUAAGCAAAUUUUUUUCAGAUUUUAUGAACAAAUGCAGUUUGCUAAAAAUAUGGGGAAAACAUAAUGACAUAAAUGAUUUUAAUAAUAAUAAAUCUUUCUCACAAAAAAAUGAUAACUAUUUAUUUCGAGCUUUGUAUGAAAUGACUAACUAUGAAAAAACAUUGUUGUCAAUAUCUUUAGUAUUUUUAGGAAUUAAUGCAAUUACUAAUUUAAAUUAUCCUAAAAUUAUGGGAGAAUGUUUAGAAGGUGAAAAUUUUAAAUUUUGUCGACCCAAUGUUAUUGUAAAAAUAUUACAAAAAUUAAAUAUUUUAGAAAAAUUUAAAUUAAAUUCUAAUAAAAGUUUAAGUGCUAUAUUAUACUUUUUACCAUAUUUUAUAUGCGGUGGAAUAGCAUCAUAUUUUCGUAUUUAUUUUACAAAUAAAUGUAUAAAAAAAAUUGAAUAUAGAUUGAAAAAACAAGUUCAUAAUAAAAUAAUUAGUGAAACUGAUGAAAAUUUUAAAAAAUAUAAAUCUAAUGAUUAUUUAGUAAACUGUCUAUUUAAUGAAAUACAAUUUUCUUCAAAAGAACUCAUAACAUCUAUUACACAAAUGCUACGAUAUAUAAAUUCUAUUGUUGGUGGUAUAAUGUCUAUGUGUUUAAUUUCUCCAUAUUUAACAAAAUUUUGUAUAUUUAUCGUUCCAACUUAUGGGUUUUGUAUUUUAAUUAUUUUAAAAAAAUUAAAAAAAAUUAAAAUAGAAAUAAAUAAUUUUGAAGAAAAACAAAUGGAAAGAUUUUCAGAUUCUUUACAAAAAAAAAAUAUUAUAACAAUAUUUGGAAAUGAAUAUUAUGAAAAUCAGCAUUUUUCAAAAAUUAUUAAUUUGACAGAAAAAGAACAUCAAAAAUAUAUUAAUUCAGAAUCUAUGUUUUAUUCCUUUUUAAACAUUGGAACUAAUUUAGUAAUCUGUACUAUUCUAAGUUUUGGAAAAAUAGAACUUAAUAAUAAUCGAAUAACACAUGGUCAACUUGUAUCUUUUAUUGCUUAUAGUAGUAUGCUUGGUUUAGGAAUUGUUGGUAUUUUAAAACUUAAGAAAGAUGUUAAUUUAUUAAAAUUAAGCAUAAAAAAAAUUUACGAUAUUUUGGAUUUUUCACCACAAAUAAAUAAUAACACUACUAGUUUUAAUAACCAACUUUCAAACAAAACAAUUAAUUCAGUGUGCGAUAAAAUAGAUGAUAUAUCUUUAUCUAAUAUAAACUUAAAUAAUAUUAUACAAUUAGAAAAUUCAAUUCAAAAUGAUGAUAUAGUUGAAAAAAAUAAUAUUAUUUGUGAACAAAUUCAAGGGAGUAUAAAAUUUGAAAAUAUAAAUUUUACAUAUAAUAAAUUUGAUCAAGAUAAAAAAUUAAUAUUAAAAAAUAUAAAUUUUGAAAUAAAAAAAAAUGAAAAAAUAGCUAUCAUAGGAAAAAGUGGAUCAGGAAAAUCAACCAUAUGGAAAUUGUUAACUAGGGAAUAUGAAUAUGAAGGUAAUAUUUAUAUAGACAAUUUUAAUAUUAAAAAUUUUGAUAAAACUUAUUUAAAGAAAAGUAUAUUAUCUAUAACUGAGCAAGAAUGUUGUAUACUGAAUAGAUCCUUAUAUGAAAAUAUUGUUUAUGCAUUAUUACCAACAAAGGUAUCAGAUCCAAAAGGUACGAAAUAUUUACUAUUAGAAAAUAUUGGGGACCUUGGAAGGUUAGACAAUGAACUAAAAGCAAACAUUUCGAAUAACACAAAUAAUGCAAAUAAUAAAAAUCAUUAUGACAAACUAAACAAUUGUACAGACAAAUUCACUACAAUUGAAAACAAAUUAAACGAAAAAAAUUUCAUAAAUAAUAAACUAGAAGAUAUACAAAAUUAUAAUUAUAUGCUAUUAGAAAAAUAUGGAGAUAAAAUAAAUACAAUUAAUUCAACAAUAGAUAUAUUAUGUAAAGAAUUAAAUUUAAAUGAUUUUAUAAAUUCAAUGCCACAAAAUAUAUUAACUAAUGUUAACAAUAAUUCAAUGUCUUCUGGACAGAAACAAAGAAUAUCUAUUAUACGAUCUUUAAUGAAAAAUAGUUACAUAUAUAUAUUCGAUGAAAUUACUUCAUUUUUAGACGAAUCCAAUAUAGAUAAAGUAUAUAAUCUUAUUCAUACAUUGAUACCAGAUAAAACUAUUAUAUAUAUCACACAUUCGUUAAAACAUUUAAAAGAAAUGGAUAAAAUUAUUAUUAUUGAUCAGGGUACUAUAUCAGCUAUAGGAACUUAUCAAGAACUUAAUAACCAUCCAUUAUUCUUAGAGAUAUUUUCUCUAUAA